GAUGGCGUCGAUUGGAGCCAAGGGGCCAUCCCACUCCAAAAGGACCCCAAUAGUGACACAACGAAUGCAACAGUUUAAACAGCGUUCCCAUGGUGAUGUGUCAGCCCAGAAGCAGCACCGUUGUGAGACCAAAGGCUGUGAUAAAACCUUCUCUAGUCUUCCUGGACUCAAGUACCACAUGAACACCUGUCACAGUCAUGUCCAUCAACAGUUCCACUGUCACAUGUGUCAUAACUCAUUCAAAAGUGCUAAUGGUCUAAAGUACCACAUAGAAAGUAAAAAGGCAAAGUGUCACGAGGAGGUUGGGGCACAAAAGUCAUGCUCCUGUUGUCCAGAGGUUGAGGCAGACACCACCACUGGACAUCAGUCUGGGGUCUCGGAUAGUGAGGGUGAUGGCCAAACAGAUAGGACUGACUACAUUAAUGUAGAGGACAGUGUCCAGGAGAGGAAUAUUUCGUGCUGCACAGGACUCGCAGAUACACAAAGGGGUGGAACUGACUGUAGACACAUCGAAAAUAAAGAAUUUGGAAAGAAAGUACCCCCUCCUCUUCAACUUAUGGAAGAGGAUCAUACUAUGAAGGAUACACACAAAAUGCAGCAAUGGGGAUUUGGGGAGACCUGUCUACAGUCCAGGACAGAAACACAGGCUUCAAGGGACAUAACUCCUACAGAAAUAAAAGCUGAUGACGGAAAAUUGAAAGAGUUUGCAAUCAUCGCCACCAGCAACCAGAGUCCCCUCAUGCAGACUGCUCAGCCCUUCUGCUGGGACAAACACAUCGAAACUGACAAAUCUAAAUCUAUGGGGACAGAGGAUCAGAUGAUGAGAGAGGAACAGUGGGCAGGUUACCAUGGGAACACUGGAUACACAGGCAGAAACCUGAUGAAUGACCCAACCUCUCAACAAGACAGAGGAAACUUUCAUUACAAGGAUCAUAGUGAGGAUGGCAGUGACCCCCGCGUAACUUCCUCCUCACCCUUCCCAGCAUCCAACUCUGCUGAUGGGGACUGGUCCCACAAAUGGCCUACAGCUGUCUGGCAGUGUUUUGUCAAAGGAACUAUUGUUCACUUUGUUGAUGGAGAGGAAGUCUGGUCUAGUGUGGAGGAAUUAGCUCGGCAUGAAGAGUUGUCUCAGCAGGCCUGUAGACAUGGAACAAAUCCCAGCUAUGCCCCUAACGGCCUGUUACUGAAGGACAUACUAUGCAGACAGCCAGAGACCACCAAUCUACUCUUCUCGGCUGAGGUCAAAGGUCAAUCAGAUGUGCUGGUCCAGUGUAAAACUGAUCACCCAUUCUUUGUAAAAGAAAAAGGAUGGGCAUCCCUAAAUGACACAAUGACAGCAGAGCAUUACGGUAUUCCUUGUAAUCAGCUGGAGAUAGGCGACCUGUGUCUUCCUCCCUCUCAUCCAGACGCAGCAUUCGGCUCAUUCCAAAGUGACUCAACUAGUCCAAGCUACACGUCUGCAGUAUUCACACUCAGCACUAUGGCACAGCAGAGGAACCAGAGAGAGAUUGAAGUAAGCCCAAAACAGACCACUGGUCAAACCACCAAGAAACGGUCGGUGAAAGCAGAAUCACUUAAAGCCAAGAGACCAAUGAACGGGUUCAUGUUAUUUGCUAAGGAGCACCGUCUGGAGUAUACCCACAAGUACCCAGGCAAGGACAACAGGUCUAUCAGCAUUCUCCUGGGUGAUAGAUGGAAAGAAAUGAGCACUGCCGACAGGAACGCGUACUCAGAGAAAGCUAAAGUGCUGGCCGAUAAACAGAAAAAGAUGCAUCCUGACUGCUGGAAGCGCAAAAAAUGAACACCUUGGUCUUAUCAGAGAUGUGAAGACAAUUUGACAUCUGAUCUCAUCUACAUGUAUCACUGCCAAUUCCUUGGGUUUUAGCCUGGGCAGCAAACUUUAUGGCACCCAAUGGAAGGGCUGAUUGCAUUUAAUGGUUAAACAAAUUAAUGUGUAAAUUGUUCGUUUUGAUACAACAACUAGAGACAGAUAAUUUAUUCAAAUUUUGUCACCACAAAAUGUGAUUGCGUGUGUUUGGUUUUUUUUUGUUUUUUUUUUUGAGUUGAAUUCCAUAAAUGUUGUCAGUCUCUAGACUCCUACUGAUGUAAAAGUUCCAGGUUUUCCAGGUAUAAAGUAUACUACGUAGUGACCAUGCCUUAUUUGGUCAAUGAAAGUUCCAAGUUUUCCAGGUAAGUAGUGGCCAUGCCUAGUUUGACUUACCAGAGUUAGUGAAAUAAAUACUUUAAAAAAGUAUUUUGAUUUAUAGGAGGAAGUCGUAAUCAGAGUUAUCUCCCUCUUAUGCAUUUGUUGAAAUAAAAUACAAUAUCAGUUGAGAGGAUAUGUAUAUAGCUAGGGAGCCAUGGUAAAUCUAUAACUCAAAAGUUAUCGGUGAAAUGGUGACAUUCAGUGGCAUUACAUUUUGUAUUCUGUUCUUACCAUUUUGGGGGCAGCUGAAGUAUGAUAACCUGAAAUGAACAUUUCAUGUUAAAUUCAAAUCUGAUGUGACCAGUCUUUUUUGACUGACUCUUUGGUAUUUUUGUUUCGUUUCCUUACUAUGUAUACUUUAAGAUAAGAUAGAACAUCUAGAAGAAAAUAUUGAUCAUAAUCACAAACUGACGAUUUCAGUAUCUAAUUCCACUCAUUUGUUAAGUAUGGCGACUUUUUUUAUUGAUUUUUAAUUGUUGACAAAUUACAAUGAAAUAGAUAAAACGAUAUCAAUUAUUAAUGGCAACUUACCUAAUUAAUGAAAAUUAGACAUAAAAUAUAUAUCAGAAUUAAAUUUAAAUAAAGAAACAGUUAAACUAAAAACAAGAUUGGAAUUUCUGUUAUUACAUAUUGUUAAGAUAUUGUUUCAAAAGGUUGAAAUAGAGAAAUUAUUUACAACAGUUGGUUAAGUUUGUAAACAAACUGUUGUGUGGAAAGGAGACGGAAUUUUUUUUUUUUUUAUUAUUAUUAUAUUAUAUUUUGGAGUUAGUGCGAAUACUACACAUCAAUACGCACAUGAAUUGCUCAGUAUUUGACAAAUGUCACAUUCCCGUUUUAUGUGGGAGUGAAUAUUCCUAAUGUUUUACAUAGGGGUGUACACAACAUUCCUGAUGUUUUAUGUGGGGUGUCUACACCAGUUUUGAAGCAUUUUAUGAACUUUAUAUAAUAUUUAUAUACUAUUUAUAUCAGUUACGAAUUUUAUAUAUUUUGUGCAAAAAAAAAAUAAAAAAUGUGCAAAUCCUGUUUUUCUUGUAAGUGCCUUUAGUUUAUAUAAAAGUCAUUUGUGAAGUUGAACUGAUGACUCUAAGCAUAGAUUGUGCUUCGUUUGUAAAUAAGAAAUGUUAAAUAUUUUCGUGUAUUCUAUAAUGGUUGUCCAUUUAAAAUUUUGAUUGCAAUUGUUUUAAGUUUCAGAUUUUCUAGUCGUAAAUGGAUUCACAUAAAAUCUAUUGGUGCCAUAUGUUAUUAAUCCCAUGUCAAUAAUUCAUUGUCCUGUUAAGACAUUAUAAGUAAGUAUAUGUACGUAGGGUAUCAGUGCUUGUUUAAGAUUUACAGUGCUUCUUUAUAGAAAUCUUUGAUGAUUUUGUGCUGGACUUUUUAAGUCCUUUUAAUUUUUUUUUUAAUUUUUCAUUUAUUUUUUUUAUUGGAUUGUAAUAGAAAUUUCAUUCGUGUAUGUUAAUUUUAUUGCAACAGGAAAAUGAAACAAAAUCACAAAAAAAGAAAGAAAACAAUUUUGUAAAGCUAUAAACAUCUUGUCCAUUACUUUUUACGUGUUGACAUAUAUUUUGGUUGAACUGGAAUACGUGUUAGUUGUCCGGGUGUAUCUUGUUUGUAGGAAUUGUUUCUUUUUACAACCUUAAAACAAGUUUGAUACAAAGAUAUUGUAUGUAGUAUUUUGUCAAUGAAUGUCGAGAAUGAUUAUUGCAGUUGAAAUUGUUUAUUUGUUGCUGAAAGCAAAGCAUGCUUAGUUCAAAUAUUGAAUAUUAAUUUAUCGUUUAUGUCUUCCAAAUAUCAAUCAAACAAUUUUAUAUCAAUUUUGUGUGCAACGAGAUGAGAUGAAAUAUUAUUUGAUGUCAUAAGAGAUUUUUAAAAAUGAAUUUGAGAUAUUAAUUUUCACUAUGUUGCAAGUCAUGAUAUAAGAACUUUAUCAAGCAUAGUCAUUACAAACAAUAGAUUGUAUCUUUUUAAACUGUGGGACGGAUUGUGGAAUCCAUAGUGAUCAAUUAGUAGGAAAUUGUUUGUGAUUCAUUCUGAUGACAUGUUUUCCCUUUCAUUGUUAGUGUCCAGCUCGAAAUGUGAAGGGGUUUUAUGUUUCCUCUUACUAGCACACCUUUUUGAAAUUAGUAUGAAAUUCUUUGUUUAUUUACUUAAAAUACACUUGAAAACUUAUUGGUAAAAAAUUCGUAUAAAUGCAUGAUUAUUUUAGAAAGGAAUAAUAAAUGAAAUUCAUGCCUGACAAAAUAUCACUAAAUUAGCAAACAUAUAAACAUUUGAAUUGACAGAUUUAGUUCAAGUAUCAUACACUUUUGAGAGGAGAUAACGAAAAAAACUCCUACAUUUACAAACGGCCUGCAUGCCCGGAGACAAAUGUACAUUUCAUUAAGCUUAAUAAAAAGUAAUUACUUGUUUCUGGGGCCAUUUUUGCUUAAAAGAGAUGGAGAGUUAAAUUUAUAAUUUCAUUGUUGAAAAAACAGAUGAGGGCAUGUUUUUUUUUGUUUUUGUUUUUAUUUUUAUUUUUCCAAACCAUUUUGCUUUUUCAUAUAAAUUGCUUCAAAAUAGCAAACAAUUUUCAUAGAUCUUUGUUUUUGUUUCACAUUAAUGAACAUGUUCUCUAGUUUCAUGGUUGAAAAUAAUGGAUAUUACAGGAGCAAGGGUUAUUGGUGAUGCUUUUUUCUACACAUUCGUCUCCCAAGAAAUAAUGAGGGAUUUUUAAUUCAACUAGGAAAAAUAAAUGAGAUCAUUUUUUUUCUUCUUCAAAGCAGAUGAUGGAGGGCCCGAGAACCAACUAAUUAAUUAUUUUUGUGGCCUUAUCAACGGACAUUUUCAACAAAUAUACUUUUCAUUAACAACGGAGGCUUACCACAAAAACACACUUUGGAAUGGAGACUGUCACCAUAAAGAAAUCAUACACUUAUUUUGUCACCAUACAUAUCUGGAUAGAGAUAUACCACACAUCAUAUACUCAUUAGUCUUGCCAAAUAUAAUCUGCAUAUGUUAAUGUUUUAAUAAAAUUACGCAAAUGAUACUUUAUCUGUUACUCUAAAUGAACGUGUUAUUCGAAUAGUAAACAAGUAUGAAAAGAAGCCUGGAUAACCACGUGUUGACACAUACUUUUAUCAUAUGUAUGAUAUGAUUAUGAACUGGAUGCAGUUUUUGAAUCGUAGAUCGAUUGACAAGUUCUUUAAGAUCAGGUUUGUGUGUAAUGUCAUGGCUUUGGAAAUUAUUCUUCAUUGAAACGUAUUGCUUAUAAUCGAAUACGGUUUUGAAUAGUAAAACAAGGGCGGUAAUUUUUUAAAGCAAAAAGCCAAAUACUCCUGAUUUCAUUUAUCUAAAUAAAACUACAGUUUAUUUUAUAAUUGAUUAGAUAACUUUAAUAGUAACGUCUUGUUUUAAUCUUCAUUUCCAGGGACCUUUUGAUGUUAUUGCUUUCUUAUUUAAAAAAAAAAAUGGACAAGAAUGGGUCUUUAUUAAGUUAUAAUUUAAGAGGUAUCUGUCGUCUGCCCUGACUAAUGUUACUGUUCAAAUCCGUAACUUCUAUACGGGAGACAUGUGUUCAUAUACUCAUUGUUGUUAGAUUGCGUUGUGACAAAAGAUUGGUUUAUUUAUAUAUCAAAGUAUUACAGUUGAUGUGCAAACCAUUCCAACAGAGAUACAAGCUUUUACAUUGCUUUCUUCCAAAUGUAGAAUUGUGUAUUGGAGAAUUGUAUUGAUAGCUAUAGGUUUUAUUGAUAGAUCUCUAUAUACAAUUAUAUGGUGUUAUUUUAACCUUUAUGAAAUUGUAUGUUUUUGUAUCACGCUAUGAUCUCAGAUAUCAAGAUGAAUAUAUUUAUUGAAUUUACCAGAGAGAAAGUGUGAUUUGAUGAUCAAUACUUAACAGCACACAUCAUUGAUAUCAUGUUUUUAUUUUGAAAGAAAUCAUAACAUCUGCAUUGAGAAUUGUUUCAUUUCAUAUUGGAGAAAAAAUAUUAAUAUUUACUUGCCUGUAAGAUGACGGACGAAAAUCUAAGCAUGUAUUUCUUUGUUACCAUCUCUCCCCGUAACGUAUAAGCGCUCCCCCUUUAGUUUGUGAUGUAACGACCAUGGUGUCUGCAUAUGUACUGAUAUACCCCUUCCAUGAAAUUAUGGUUCCGUCCGUAUGUAGACUGGAUUUUGUCCUGCCAUGUAUUCGGUUAAAUUCCAGAUAUGUGCAAUACCAUAAUGGAAUAUGAUUUUGCCCGUGAAUUUAACUCUUGUUUCUCAUAUUUUAUAAGUAGUUGAGGCAGGAGGGAAUUAGAAGGGGGAACUCUCAAGUGUGAUGAUGCUGAGAGUUUAAAAGCGUUUUUACACGUGACCUUAUCCCUACAUUAAAAUUUAUUUAUAUAUUAGAUUCAUAUUCAUUGUAAUUGAUGCUACAUUCUAAGUAAACUUAUGAAAAACCUAUGAAUUGUAAUAUUCGCACUUGGUAUUAUAUUUAUGACCCAUCGAUUACAAUUACAGCGUAAGCCUUUAAUUACUUGUCAGGAUAAACCUAUUUUAGUCCUCGGGCGUUUCUCGUGUAAUGCAUUCAUUAAAUUGUAGAAUAAUAUUGUCUUAACAUAUUGAUAACCCUAAGAGUCUAUACCCUGUAAAGUACUCUCGGAUUUUGUUAUUUUAAAUAUGUCUUAUGAAAGGUAGCAAGAAAAUCAUGUCUAAGCGAAGUUAAACUACUUUCAUCAUUCAACUAAUUUCUUCACAUCGUUUUACCAAAUAUAUUGUCACGGUAUUUUUAUUCAGUAUAAAAUAACAUAGUCCAAAGGUGUUAAUAUUAUCGAAACAUAUUAACACUAUCACCAGGCAGCGAUUCCACUCACGUGCAGCUAGCAUUUACAUUGUACAUCUUAGUAUUUAGAUUCAAAUCAUUCUUUCUCUCAUUACGUCAUUAAAUUUGUUAUUUUGUACAGUAUUUUUUUUAAAUAUUUUACUCAGUGUGUUGUAAAACAAUGUUUAUGCUUAUUAUUAUACUGUACUGGCUUAUUUUGAUUUACGAAACUUGUAAGUGAUGUACACGUGUGAGUGUGUGUACAGGCUACACGUUUUUGUUACCGAGUUGAGAAGAUUGAGCGUGCUCAACAUUUCCAAAUUCUUCUCCAGUGUACAUUUGAAGCGACUAUAACUGUAGAUUUCGUGCUAUUUUUUCUUCUGAUGAUUAGUGAGAUAGUUUUAGAAUAUAGCGUUACACGAGCCAAUACCGUUAACAUGUUCAGGGUAUCUUUUCGGGUUUUAGAACUUUGUUUAUCUCGAUUGAUGUUUGUUAAAAAUGCUACACGAAAAAGAAAAAAAAAACGUAUGGAGUCACAUGGAUGCGUGUCCGCGCAGCAUCCUGCUAACGAGCGGUAAUAUAUGAGGCUGAUUGAUAAGUUGUAAGCCUCGUAUUGAAGGAUUUGAAUUUUGCCAGACAUAUUGUAUUAUUUUUCAACAUAACCUUCCUCAGUAUCUACACACUUUUGCCAGAGGUGUUUAAGGGCCUCAAUGCCACUUUUAUAGAACUUCUUUUCUUGGCUGUUCAGAAAGUCGCCCAAGUCACCCACUGCAUGUUAGGGUUAGUGCUGGGGUUAGGGUGCCUGGGACAGCCGUUUUCAGUUUUGUAAAUAUAUGAAAGUCUGAUGGAGCGAGAUCAGGUGAAUAAGGCGGAUGCUCAAUCAAUUUAAAGCCACAAUCGUGAGUGGCAGCCAUGGCAAUGACAGACUCUUUCACCCUAACCCUAAACCUAGCCGAGUUUUUACUUUUUGUAAAAGCUGCUUGCUUUGUUUACUUUUAGAGUGCUACCUCAUCGAUAUAAACAAACCAAAUGAGACUAGUCCUUGGGUACACGGCUUUAUAUAGCCAGGGAAUAGUAGGACUAAAAGAACAUCCCUGAGUACCUCCUUCAAUACGAGGCUCACAACUUAUAAAAUAAAAAGUCCGUCAUCGUAAGCAUUCUUGUAGGACCUACAGAAUUGUAAUGUUAUGGUUUUGCGCUGUUUUAAGUAUCAACAAAUGGUUGCAGACACUUUAAUUUUUCGUAUAAAAAGGUAAAGUCUUACUUUUAUUAUUUUUUUUUAUUAAAUUGCGCCAGAUUGUAUCUGUAACGGUGAUGUUUACAAUUAUAGUCGCUUUAAAGUUUAUUUUGAGUUGCAUGCUGUCUGUUUACUUUGUACAUGUAGUUGCGUACUUUUUGGUGACUACUCCACGCGCAUUUACAUGCAUUUAUUUUAUUCGGCUUGAUUUUUUUCUUACAAUUCUCUUUUUUUCCAACAAGACUCUUAAUAUUUUCAAAAUAUAAAAAACAAAACAAAUAGCGAUUUGUAGUAUUAUAUAGCGUCCAUCGUUUCACUCGGUAUUAUCUACGAAAACUGAUAAAUCGGGCAUUACUUGAUAUUGAAUGAACUGCUCGUCCGGAGUAAUCGCCAAAAGUAAGCCAAAACAAAAUAUUUGAGAAAAAGAAAAAGUUUGAUUUAUUGAUUUGCCAAUCAUUCUAUUAUGCUAUUGAGCAAAUGUAACUAGUGUUUGUCCUGAUAGGAACACUCGUUCACUAUCUCGAACGGCUUUUAAGAUAUGUGAUUUGAUAUACGCACAAUGUCAUUAGAAUGGAAGGAAAAAUAAAGAGUUCAUUUCCGGAA